GUUCAAGAUUUUCGAAUUAAAGGAUAGAUACGGGAUAUUGCGAAAAUAUUAUGACAAAAUCUGUAGUGAACGAAUAAUCAAUCACCUACUUACUUACAGCUAUCUGGAACUGAUACUUUUUUCAUUCAAUUUUUUACAAUUAAAAUAAUGACCAAUCAAAUCAAACAUGAGCUUUUAAAAAGCUCUCUGUGUUGCGCUUGCGCUGCUACCGGUAGAUACUGAAACCUGAUUGGUUGGUUGGAAAAGCAUUGUAGUGUAGAUGCUUCAUGUGAUUUACCUCAACAAAUCCAAUCUUCCGUCUUGGUUAAGAUCUAUUAUUUUAAAGAUAUUUAGUGUUUAUGAGUAUAGUAAAAUAUAAAUGAAAAUGAAUAAUAUUUUGAAUCAAAAAUAAUCUACAUCAAAAUAUUAAAUAAUGGCUGAAGCUUACAGAUUCAACGUGAACAAUGUAGAAUAUAAAGAAACAAGAAACCAAGAUGAAAAUUACUGCAUAUUGAAUGUUUUGUGCGUGUUUAUUUCUCUUGUUACGAUACUCGCAGACUUGACGACAGAUAUCCUUGUUUUUGCUGAAUAUUGCCAUGAUGGUCGAUUAAAUUGGGCCUUGGCAACAAUUCUUUUUAUUUUGUUACCGAACGUUAUCGUCAAUAUAUUUUCAUUACGAUGGAUCAUAAGCGAUGGGAAAGUUGAUCUUCAUCAUUGGAUUACUCACGGGUUACUAAUAGGCUCAAUUGAAAGGUACUCCGUGUUUCUCUACAAAAUAUUUUCAUGUAAAAAUCUUGAAGCAGUUAAAACUAAAAAAUGUGUAGCUCAAAGGAAUGACCUGAGUUUGUUACACUUUUUGUAUGUAUUUUCUGGAACAAUACCUCAGAUAAUUUUACAUUCAUAUGCAAUAGUAAUUUUAAAUGGGAAUUUUUACACUAAAGUAUUUGCCCUGAGCGCAUCAAUAGCAUCAGUUACGUGGGGGUGUACUUAUUACUUUUAUAACAACGCAAUGAUGUCAAACAACAAUACAAUAUGGAUAUCGUUGUUACUGAAAUCAAUAUGGCAUUUCAGUACACUAAUAGCUCGAAUAUGUAGUAUUUUGUUGUUUUGUGUAAUAUUUAGAAUAUGGACACUUGUUCCUAUAGGUUUACACUGGGUGGCUAUUACGACAUGGAUUAUUCUACAGAAAAAAAAAAUAUGUUCGAGCAGAUUUGAGCAAACACUGUUUAACAUCAUCAUGGGAUUUGUUUACUGUUUUUGUUACGUAAAUUUGAACGAGGUCAACAUGAGAUAUAGAUUAUUGAUGUUUUAUACUUUUAUGCUGACCCAAAAUUUUGGUAGCUUACUUUUGUACAUUUUAAUAUCCGACUCAGUUGUUAUAAAUAAGGCAUGGUCUAUGGGUUCUACAAUUUGUAUAGUUGCAGGAACCAUACUAGGUGUCGGUGCAUUAGUUUUGUACUAUCGUUGUUUUGCUGUGAAACAAUUAAAUGAAGAUAAAAAUUCUCUAGACGAUAUUGAAUUGAACAACAAAAAAAGCAAGGAUACAUCUGAAAGCAAUAAUACUUCAAAGGAACGUGAUCUCUCAGAUCCAAAUGCAAGGAUUAAAAGACAUCGAAAGAAAAAGAACACGAAAAAAAUAACACCAUUUAAACCAGGUCCUGUAAAUGAUAAUCAAAAUCUUGACAAAAAAUUCUUAUUGGAUCACUGGAUAGGUGUGAAGACUCAAAGUUUCACUUCUGCUCCUGCAACAAAUACAAGUAUGGACACUUCAAGUAUAGAAGUAUAUACCGUAGAAAAUACACCACAGGCGGGGCAAGCCACGUGCGAUGAAAUCGAAUACAGAAGUAAUAAUACAUUUAUAAAGAAGUACAAAACUGUUUGUUCACCAACAGAAUUAAUGUUGAAAUUAUCUGCAAUAGAAAAUAUAGAAAGCUCGAUUGAUGAAAUAACUUCAAAUAAUUUAAACAUACAAAAAAGAAGAGGUAUAUGUUCGUCAGAUGAAUUAAGAGAUGAAUUAGUAAAUGUAAAUAUGGAUAUAGUAAAUGAGGCUUUCAUGAAAACUUUGAAAACAGAUCACAGUUCCGAAAUUAGUCAUGAUACAGAUGGCUCUAACAAAAAAACUUCUUCAGAUUCUAUAGAUAUGGAUUUAGAUUUAAGUUUUAGUGAUAUUAAUAGUUCUGAUAUAAAUAAUUUCAAUGAAAAUAUUGUUCAAAAACUAUGUUUAAGCGCUUUAAAAAAUAUCAAAGUAGGAAAUCAGGAUGCAGACAUUGAAAAUAUACAACGUAUAGCGUUGGACAUCUUAAAGGAAAUGUAUACAAAAAAAGAUAAAAGUAAAAGUAAACUAGCAAGAGAUACAUCAAGUACAAAAAAUCGUGAUUUAGACACUCCUACAGAAAUUUUAUCUGUUCAUGAUUAUGAGAACAUUUGUGCAGUCAAUAUAGCUAGAGAAGCUUGGGGUUUACGUUCAUGGAAUGGAUAUUCAGAUAUUGAAAAUUGGCAACAUGAUGGAAGUGUAGUUAGAGAUAGAAGAGCUGACACAUUUACUUCAGAGAGUUCUGAAAUAAGUAGUUGCUUGUCACAAGAGCUGAAAAAUGCUAUUUUAUCUGCACCGUCGUUUCCUAAAAAAGUUCCAACUUACUCUAAUAUAUCAAUGAAAAUCGAAAGAUGUAAUCAAGAAGAUUAUGUCAAUUCAGCAAUUUGCCAGUCAAUUGAUGAAACUUUCUUAGCUAAGCCAUGUGUUAUUGAUAUUCAUAAGGAUCCAAAUCAUCUGGAACCUAUCUUAGAAGAAUUAGACGACAUAUGUGAUAUUGAUUCUCCAACUAAGAAGAGAUUAAAUUCUGAAAGUUCUCUAGUAGCUACCAUUGAUGAAAUUCGGAAAGCAUUCGUCACUAAUUCACCUAGACAUGUUUAUCACAGAAGAGAUCAUUUAUGGGAUUCUCCUCAGACUGGAACGUCUGUUACUAUAGAAAAUACGUUGAAAAAAGCUCUGUGGAAGGAACCAUCUAAAUUUGAUUCCAGUAAUAUUAUGGAUUCUUUGCCCGAAAAGGAAAAUAUUUGUAACAUAUCUCAUGGAACUAAAUUUGAAUCCAAUAAAUUAUCUAAUAAAAUAGAAACCACUUCUCCUAUGGAUAUGAUAAGACCUGAACAUGAACAAACUCUAUUGAGUAAUUCAACAAGACAAACAAAGUCGUUGGAAUACAAUGUAAAAUUACAGAAUAAGAAAAUCAAUUAUAGACCUGAACAUCUCAAAGACCUUUCAAAUAAAGAUAUCGAUAUAUUGUGGCAAAUUGUGACAGAAAAUUCACACCAACCACAUAGUUCCAUUGAAGACCUUUCAACGAAUCGGAUAUCAACUUCUUUGCAGUCAUUAAUACAUAGCGAUUCUUCUGUGAUACCAACAGCACCAAAAAUUACUAACAUAAAAAAGAAUGUAAGAACGAAACCCAGGCGAAAGUUUUCAAUUUUGAGGGAAAGAUUUGAACCAAAAUUGAACUGUAAUUCUGAUAAAGAAAUUCUAUGCCACGGUACAGAAACUUCUUAUUCUUCCGAUUUAAACGUUGUCAAAGUGAAAAACGAUUUGGAUAGUAAUGGUGAAAAAUCAAUCAUGGUUAGAAAAACAAGCAAUUCAAAUUCUAUUAAAUUAGAUGUGCCUGCAAAAAAUAUCAAAGAAAAGAGAUCUCUUUUUAUGAAACAAGUAUUAAGCCCACCGAAAUUUAAUACAAAAUUAAGACAUAAAAUGUAGGUUCUUAGCUCAAAUUAUGUGAUUAAAGUUUUAAAAAAAGUCAAUAGUAAUUACGGUAACAAAGAUCUCACGACUUACAUAGUCAUUAUGCUUACACUUUUAAAUUUAAAAGAAAACAAUACAUUCUCGAAGACCUUCAUUUACUUCGAAUAACUUGUGUAUUUUAUUUGUCAAAAUUUUUUUGUCUAAAGAUUUUAUUUCUUAAUUAGCUUUUUCUAGCAAGCCUAAAAUAAGAAAAAACUGUGAUGUUCGUGCCUUUUACUUGUUGACAGGAAGUACUUGCCAAUUCUUUUUAUAACGUGUUUUAGUUUUUUAAAUCGUGUUUUAGUUUUUUAUAUCGUGUAUUAGUUUAGAUAAAAUG